CAUUGCAAUCGGCCAAAGUUCACUCAUUUUUACUUGUUAACUCUGGAUGCUAUUUCAACUGAUACUCUGAAUGGAAUAACAAAGUUAGAAAUUCAGCGGCACUGUAUUUGUACUAAAUUUUUGGGCAUCAGAGGAUCUAGGAAUAUUGACAAAAAGAAUUAACUAUGAAGAAAUUAUUAUCACUGUUAAUAAUUGCGAUCAUAAUUAAACAGCAAUGUUGUCAAGAAGACCUACCUGCUAUAAAUGUCAUGGUUGUGCAUAGGGUAUCAGCCAAAGAGGGCGACAUUGCCAACCUAUUCUGUAAUUUUACAGCAGUUAACUCAGUUGGCGAUGUUGACAUCAAAUGGUAUACGCGAAUCUUUUCCUCCUAUUACGUAAUAGCCUCCGCGUCAAGUAAUUCACCGGUUGUGCUGGAAAGUUCAAGCUUAAUAGAUAGAGACCGGUAUGCAAUAACUGAUAUGGCCACUCUGGAAAUCGAUAACGUUUCGAGAUUGGAUACUGGGCAGUAUAAAUGUGAAGUCUUUGAUUCAUCCAAUAGCUCCAUCGGAGAUUAUGGCACAGUCAACCUCACUGUCACUUAUUUUGAUUUACCGGUUUCCUUCGAAAUAUCUCCAAGUGAAGUUGAAAUUGGUCUGAAUACCAAACUCUCUUGCGAAGUAACGAGUUAUCCACUUGCUAACAUCACAUUCUGGAAAGGAUCAGAGAAAAUGCAAGUUGACAGUGAAAAAUAUUAUGACGCUUAUGAAGGAAUGUGGAUAACCAAUAUCCAUAUUGAUGACGAUGGAGAAUACACAUGUCUGGCAGAUAAUGGCAUCGAGCAGCACUAUGCAGAUCCUAUUACGUUAACAGUGCAGUGUUUGUAUUCAAUUAAAAACAUUACAGCAUAACCCCGAGCGGCAUCGAAACUAUUAUUAGCAUGAUGAAUAUGAUGAUGAUGAUGAUGAUGAUGAUGAUGAUGAUGAUGAUGAUGAUGAUUAUGACGAUGAUGAUGAUCUAUGAUAAUAAUGAUAAUGAACAAUAACAAUAUCAACAACAAUGACGAUUCCGAUAACAAUGAUAAUGACGGACGUACACCUAUGAGUACGGGUUUACAGGUAAACGCAGCCAAGAGUCAGUGGCGGCG